AUGUCUCGUCCUGCACACGGAAGACCAGAAUACCAUAAAAUAAACAAAGAUCUCUUUGUCCUCACCUAUGGAGUUCUGGUUGCCCAACUCUGUAAGGAUUAUGAAAAAGAUGAAGAUGUGAAUAAAUAUUUAGAUACAAUUGUUGCUUUCAAGAUGUACUUGGGCAUUACACCAAGUGUGACAUGUAACAAUUCAAGCAGAAAUGAAUUUUCCCUGAUUCCAGACAAGAAUCCUCUGGUGGAGUUUGUGGAAGAGCUCCCUGCUGGGCGAUCUUCUCUGUGCUACUGCAAUUUACUCUGUGGGAUUAUCAGAGGGGCCCUGGAAAUGGUUCAUUUGGCUGCUGAUGUUACAUUCUUGCAAGACAGACUAAAAGGCGACAGUGUGACAGAAAUAGGAAUAACAUUUCUGAAAAAGCUGGAUGAGGAAAAAUACAGAUGGAAAAAAUGA